AUAAAUAAAACCUUUAAACCAUUUUUUGUUGUGUAUCUGAUUCCGACAUUAAGACACUUCAACGGCGUCAAUGUCUGAGAACGCAGCCAACAACAACAACAGCAUCAUGGAGAAGAACCAGGCGAUUUGUAAAGAAGCCAUUGUGUCUGAACUACAGAAGAAGAAAGUUCAUCUCUUUUACUGCUUAGAGUGUGAAGAACUCGCUCGCAACAUUGCCUCUGAAUCUGAUCACAUCACUCUCCAAUCCAUCAACUGGAGGAGCUUUGCUGAUGGGUUCCCCAAUCUGUUUAUUAACAACGCACAUGAGAUCAGAGGACAGCACGUUGCUUUCCUUGCUUCGUUCAGCUCUCCUGCGGUUAUCUUUGAGCAGAUCUCUGUCAUUUACUUGCUCCCUCGCUUGUUUGUUGCCUCCUUCACCUUGGUGUUGCCUUUCUUCCCCACUGGCUCCUUUGAGAGAAUGGAAGAGGAAGGAGAUGUUGCAACUGCUUUCACCAUGGCUAGGAUUGUCUCUAACAUCCCCAUUUCACGUGGUGGUCCGACUAGUGUAGUCAUCUACGACAUUCACGCCCUACAGGAAAGGUUCUACUUUGCUGAUCAGGUUCUUCCUUUGUUUGAGACUGGUAUCCCCUUGUUGACGAAACGUCUUCAACAGCUUCCUGAGACUGAGAAAAUUAUAGUUGCAUUUCCAGAUGAUGGAGCCUGGAAGCGUUUCCACAAGCUGUUGGACCAGUAUCCCACGGUGGUGUGCACAAAGGUUCGUGAAGGUGAUAAGAGAAUAGUGAGGCUGAAGGAAGGAAACCCUGCUGGUUGUCACGUUGUUAUUGUGGAUGAUCUUGUGCAGUCUGGGGGUACACUCAUUGAAUGUCAGAAAGUAUUGGCAGCUCAUGGAGCUGCGAAGGUGAGUGCGUAUGUAACUCAUGGUGUCUUCCCAAAGAGCUCCUGGGAGCGUUUCACUCACAAGAACAACGGAUCAGAAGAAGCGUUUGCAUACUUUUGGAUCACGGAUUCUUGUCCACAGACUGUGAAGUCCAUAGGAAACAAGGCUCCUUUCGAAGUCUUGAGCCUUGCGGGAUCUAUUGCUGGUGCUCUGCAGAUUUGAAGCAAAUAGAGAUAAAAGCCUAGUCCUUGCUGGUCCUGGUGGUUUCGCCUUGGUGUUGUACUCUUAAGAGAUGUUACCUAGAUGAUCAAUUUGUGAAAUAAUCAUAUCACUUUUGCUGAGAGACAGAUUGUUGAAACCUCGUAUGCUGUUCUUGACUUAUGUUGAUUGGUCUUUGUUUUGCAACAAAAUAAAUUGUUAAGUUCAUUAAAAUAAACUAAACCCUCUCCACCUCUGUGGGUCUGAGAGAGAAAUGAUAACAGGUGUGUGAUUGUCUUGUUCAUCAUCUUGAAUCUUGAUGUCAAUUACAAAGUGGCAAUCACUUGCACUC